GUGAAACGAACACACCUUUUGUGUAGGUUGCAUCGUCGUCCUCGUUCAUUCAAUUCCUCUGUUCGUCUCUCUUUAAUCCGUUAUCAAUAAAUGCUAUUCAGAAAUCUGCGUGCCCGCUGAUUAUCCAAUCGACAAUCCGCAGUUCUAAACACCAUGGCGUUGACGACUGUAAAAUCGAUCCAAGAGGCGCUCAGCCUCGUCGACGAGAAGAAGCAGACCUUAAAAAAAGCAUUCGAUCAAUUGGAAUCGCAUUCCUCUUCCCUCUCCUCCUUCAAUUUCGCAUGGACUGAUCUCGAUUCCUAUUUCUCCGCCCAACAAUCCGAGAUCCUCCACAAAUUGGCCGCCCUCCAAGCGCUCGAAUCCGCUAAAUUCGAACCCGAAAAGAAGAAAAACCCCUCAUCGUCGGAGCUGUUGCCGGCGCGGCCCGAGCUGAAGUCUCUGUGCGAGAAAAUGGACGCGCUCGGUUUGCGCAAGUACGUAAUCGAACGUCCCAAGCAAAGGGCCGCGAUUAGGGUUGAGUUGGUCGACGCGUUCAAGCACGCGCCGGACGCGGGAUCGAUGGUUUUGGACACGCUCGUGGGGUUUUGGGACGACAAGGUGAAGUCGGGGUCUAGGCUGAGGACGGCUUGCGUGGUGUUGUUGGAGGAGUUGAUGAGGGCUGGGGUGGAGAUGGGAGCGGAGGUUAGGGAGCGGGCUGCAGCCGUCGCGGCGGAGUGGAAGGUGAAGAUGGCGGCAUUGAAUAGCGAAGGGGAUGAAGAAGGGAAGGAGGACUGGGGUUUGGAGAGGUUGGGUUAUUUGCAGCUCUUGGCUUCUUAUAAUCUGUUGAUUGAUCGUGAAUUUGAUGCCGAUGAGCUAGUUGAUUAUGUCGUUAUGAGCGCUAGGUAUCGACAAACUGUAGACUUGUGUCGAGUUCUCCGCCUCGAGAGUAAAAUUUCUGAUGUUGUACGGAAGCUUGUCAGUAAGGGCAAACAACUUAUAGCACUCAAAUUCGUUUUUGAGUUUGAGCUAACUGAUGAAUACCCCCCAGUGCCCUUACUGCAAGCAUACGUGAUGAAUUCAAAUAAAUUUGCCCAGAAAGUGCGUAGGAAUGGGAAGAGUUCUCGUCAGUCAUUGAAUGAUGCAGCAAUGAAAGAAAUUAGUGCAUUGAAGUCAGUGAUUAAGUGCGUCGAGGAGCAUGGAUUGGAAUCACAGUACCCAAAAGAUGAAAUGUUGAUGCGGAUCAAGAAGUUGGAGAAGGAGAAGGCUGACAGAAAAAGACCUGCUGCAGCCCCUGUACCCAAACUUCAGCUGCCAGUGCCACCAAAGCAACAGAAACAUAAUGGGAAUGGGAACAAGCGAAUAAAACCAGCAGCUGCUCCAUCACCAUUUAAAAGGAAAUUUAAUGGCAAUCCAGGUUUUCGCCCACCACACCCAUCUUCUAUGAUGAGGGUAGGCGGCUUGUUGCCAGAUCCUGCUGCUUCAUACCUUGGUUCAUCUUCUGGAGCGUAUGGCAUGCCAGGAUCUCUGGUGGUUGCUUCCCCAUAUGUGGGUGCAUCUGCAGAUUUGUGUGGAUUGCCGGGAGCCCCUUUAGGCUACUCGGGGAACCUAAAUCCAUCAGCAUCCAAUGCCUAUACUCCAGAAACACUUGCACAACCUGGUUAUUAUAACAGGGCCGUAGGUUAUGGUGGAUAUGAUGUACCAUCUCAAUACCCACCAGUGUACUAUCCACAGUGAUAUGUAGGUUCAAAAACUUUAGGUGGUCUCUAUGCAUGUGUCUGAAUAGAAUUCUGAUACAUGGAAGGCAUUUCUGCCAUUUUUAUUACCGAGAUUUUUGGCAUGAUGACCAAAUCUGGUUUUUUCUUUAGUUGUUAAUGAAUGACCAAGGAACUCUUGAAAUAUUGUUUGAACCAAUGUCCAUGGUUCAUGGUUCAGAUGUUUUGAUUAAUAUGACUUGUAUCAUGUUGAUCAUGCAUUUCUUAGCCGAUCCCAAGUCCAAACGGGAGCUCCAAUGUUCCUGAUGGGAUAUUGCGCCA